CGUAGGCCAUGAAUAUGAUCUACAUCUUCAUACUUCUAAGGAGGAUCAUGAUCAUGAUUACAACAGUACUCAUCUUCCUCCUCUACAACCAUUCGACCUUGGAAGUCCCAGGACUGUGGAAAUAUCCACAGCCUCACAUGUUUCCUCGACUCCUCCCAUGACACCAGCAACUACC